CCCGGCGCCGGGGCUGCUGGGAGCAGAGGUCACGGGCGCUCCGGCCGCCGCGCCCGCUGACAGCUCCCGUUUAUUUUUAAUCCUCGGCGACGGGAGCCCGGCGCGCGGAUGGCGUGGCUUGUUAGCGUGGCCGCCGCCGCCAUCGAGCCGCGAUCGUAUACAGAGGAAAUGUGACAAAAGCACGACCUUGGCGAGGUAUCGCCCGGGUAAUUGGGAGCCCUUGAAUGGCGUUUGAUUGUUAUUCCACGCAGCCGCCGUUCUUCGUAUGAGCAGAGAAACCAGGUGCCAAUUAUACAGCCUCCGUGCUGCAGCCUCCCUGCCUGCCGUUGACCCUGUUAGCCAGCUUUAAUGUCAACUCUCGGGCUCCGAAGUGGAAGGAAUUACCCGACUUUUAUCCUCCAAUCAGGACAGAAGGAAGAGCCGUCACGCAGCGAAAUGCAGAGCUUGACUCAUUUUGGCGCUUUUUUUUUCCCGGGCCUGACUGUUCCUGCUUCCCGCUGAAGCACAGGGUCAGGACCGUGUGGAUAAAACCCAGAGCGUUUUGACAUUUCAGCUUCUCUCCCCAUCUUUAUUUAUUUUUUCGCUCCUCUCCUGGCCUCCGUGCCGUCCUGGAGGGGGCCCAGAUGAUGGGGUGGUGCUGCUCAGGCAUACGCAGAGCCCUCGCUCUCCUGGCGCUCCUGUUCCCCCUGUGGGACGGGAGCUGCUGGGGGCUGCAGCCCAGCUCUGGGGAUCUGGAGAAGUCCCCGCGCUCGGCUCCAGACCCCUGGGACGUCCUGAACAGGCACAGACGCAGCUGGGUUUGGAACCAGUUCUUCGUAUUGGAGGAGUACACGGGCAACGAGCCGCUCUACGUCGGCAAGCUGCACUCGGAUGUAGACAAAGGAGACGGCAAGGUGAAGUAUGUGUUAUCCGGCGAGGGCGCCACCUCCAUCUUCACCAUUGAUGAGAACACAGGAGACAUCCACGCCACGAAGCGGCUCGAUCGGGAGGCGCAGGCCUACUACACCCUGCAAGCUCAAGCUGUGGACCGACUCACCAAUUUGCCCGUGGAGCCCAGGUCGGAAUUCGUGGUCAAGGUCCAGGACAUCAAUGAUAACGAGCCUAAGUUCCUGGAUGGCCCGUACUUGGCAGGGGUGCCAGAGAUGUCACCCUUAGGAACCAUGGUGGUGCAAGUGGCGGCCACGGACGCGGACGACCCGACGUACGGGAACAGCGCCAGGGUGGUGUACAGCAUCAUCCACGGGCAGCCGUACUUCUCCGUGGAGCCCAAGACAGGCGUCAUCAGAACAGCCCUGCCCAACAUGGACCGGGAGACGAGGGACCAGUACGUGCUCGUCAUCCAGGCCAAGGACAUGGUGGGCCAGAUGGGCGGCCUCUCCGGCACCACCACCGUCACCGUCACGCUCACCGAUGUCAACGACAACCCGCCUCGGUUCACUCACAAGAGCUAUCAGUACACGGUGCUGGAGUCGCUGCCAGUGAGGUCCGUGGUGGCCAGAAUCAAAGCAGCCGACGCCGACAUCGGCUCCAACGCGGAGAUGGACUACAGGAUCAUGGAUGGAGACGGGCCCGGCAUGUUCAACAUCACCACGGACGAGGAGACCCAGGACGGGGUCAUCAUCCUCCUUAAGCCUCUCGACUUUGAAACAAAAAGCACCUUUUCUCUGAGAAUUGAGGCCACAAACAGGAAUAUUGACUCGGACUUCUUGAGCCUGGGCCCAUUUAGCGACACGGCGUCGGUCAAGGUGACGGUGGAAGACGUGAACGAGGCCCCGGCCUUCUCGUCGCCGCUCACCAAGAUGGUUGUUUACGAGAACGCCAGCGUGGGCACCUCGAUUGGAAGAGUCUCGGCCCACGACCCGGACACCUCCAACAGCCCCAUCAGGUACUCUAUUGACAGAAACACAGACCUGGAACGCAUUUUCAACGUGGACAACUUAAGUGGAGUCAUCAGCACAGCCAAGCCUCUGGACCGAGAGGCCAACUCCAUCCAUAACCUCACAAUCCUGGCCAUCGAGAGCAUGGACCCGUCACAAAUUGGGAAAGGCACCGCUCUGAUCACGGUGCUCGACAUCAACGACAACGCCCCCGUCUUCGCCAUUGACUACGAAACCCUCCUGUGCGAGAACGCCGUGCCAGGACAGGUGAUCCAGACCAUCAGCGCCGUGGAUAAGGACGAACCUCUGAGUGGCCAUCGCUUUUACUUCGCCCUCGCUGCCCCGGCUGCCGGCAACCUCAACUUCACCCUGCGAGAUAAUAAAGACAACACAGCGUCCAUACUGACGAGGCGGGGCGGCUUCAGGAGGCGAGAGCAGCCCAUGUACCGGCUGCCGGUGCUGAUCGUGGACAGCGGGAGCCCGGUGCUGAGCAGCACCAACACGCUGUCGGUGCGCGUGUGCGACUGCGACUCGGACGGCGUGGCCUUGUCCUGCGGAGCCGUGGCCUACACGGCCACCGGCCUGAGCACCGGCGCCCUCAUGGCCAUUCUGGGCUGCAUCCUCACACUUCUGGUGAUGGUGCUGCUGAUUGUGAUGAUGCGUCGGAGGAGGAAGGAGCCUCUGAUCCUGGAGGAGGAGAGAGACAUCAGAGAGAACAUCGUCCGCUACGACGACGAGGGAGGGGGGGAGGAGGACACGGAGGCCUUCGACAUGGUGACCCUGCGCAACCUCAACGUCAUCAGGGACCCCAGCGUGCGGCGGGACGUCACCCCCGACACGCCCACGUUCUUCCACUACCCCUCAGGCACUCGCCCGUCCUACAAGUCCCUGCCGGACAACGUGGUGUUCCGGGAGUUCAUCUGGGAUCGACUCAAGGACGCCGACGUGGACCCGUCGGCGCCGCCGUACGACUCUCUGCAGACGUACGCCUUUGAAGGCAGCGGCUCCGUAGCCGAGUCCUUGAGCUCGCUGGAGUCUCUAAGUACAGACUCGGAUCAGAACUAUGACUAUCUCAGCAACUGGGGGCCGCGCUUCAAAAAGCUGGCCGACCUGUACGGCAACAGCGACGGCGCCGCCGUCUUCUCAUAGCCUCUGAACUCUCCUAUCGGACGUUACAACAUAAGAGUAAAUUAUUGUCGAAGAAAUGAUUUUGUCUGCCUUAGCGCGCCGGAGGAAAAGAUUCAAAGACAACAAAGACAGAUUGAAAGAAAAUACUUUGACUUCAAAGGUUUUUGUGUUUGUUUACCUCCUUGUAUGGAUUUUUAAAGGCGUGCCGGGGCGAGCUUGACACUGACUUCAAAAGUGGCUUGAGUGGAGGAAACCUUGCGCGCGAGGAGACAUUAAAGGUUUCAGAUUUGGGGCCGGCGUCCAAGCGCUGACUGCUGAAUGCAUACAUGGUGGAGCGUUUCCGCGGCGAGGCACGUGUCCUUUGGUUCCAGCGACGGGCACCGGCCCAGCGCUCCUGCUUUGAUGCAUUCCUUUGCUAUCUUUGUGCUAAAAAAACAUAAAAGUUUCUCAUGAAAUGCUGCGUCCUUGGCGGCUAAUCAGUAGUCACUUGACUGUUCAGAUGGAUUUUGACAACUCUCUACUGUAGUUUUUUUUUUUUUGCUGUUGUUGUGGUUGGAGGAGCAGGGUGAUGAGGGAGCGUUUUUCAUGAACAUCUAAAUACGGAGCCUCGUUAUUCGUGGACUCCGUCAUACCUCUCAACACUGUAUGAAAGGUGCAAGUGCACAGAUACAAUGAAGUGUAAACAAGUAGUUGAUGUGCUAAGGAAACGAUAUACGAUAUAAGUGCAAAUAAUAAAAAGAACGGCGCUGUCGUCAGUGUGGUGUCUCCUCUAGGUGAAGCAGGAAAGCGCAUCAUUUCUCUUAACAAUACAUUUUGCAAACGUUGCAGCGUAUUUGUCUGUUUUCCUUCCUUUCGCCUUUGUAUUGCCAAACUCAGUGUAUGAUUUCCGAGCUAUUAAACGUCGGGAUCCGUUGCUCUGCCUUUGUGCGAGGCAGGGAGCCUGGGAACGUCUGCCACAUCAGACGGCGCCGCUGAAGGAUCGCCCUUUGUUGUGCUUGAUUACGAGAUUCUCGCCAACCUAGAAUCUAGAAAACAAAGCAGAAGGCGACGACGAGGAGCCGGCGUGAAGUGACAGCACUCACCUGGGUACAGCUGCAGUCGGUUUGUAAGUAAAUGAAUCUCGCUUCUGUAGUUUGCAUAUGUUGUCAUUCAGAGGCGUCUGUGUGGUGGUGGCGGUGGAAGGACACUGUAUGAUAAUCAUAAUGUGCCAUUUUUUCCCACCUUAAGCAAAUUAUGUUACAGUUGGGUGUCGACAUGUACAACCAUUAUGUAUUAUUAUUUAUUCUCAAGAGGCAGAAUUGUGCAAAUGUUUUUAUCCUUUUGCUGAAAAUAAAGUUGACAUUCAGUUCCUUAAAA